AUGGGGAAGUUGUCAAAGCAUGUUGGAGUGUUGGGAAUAGUUUUGAUUAUGGUUGCAGUUGUUGUUGGGAUAGGGGAAGGACGGAAAAUUGAGAAAGACAACUUUGGUGAUGGUGUAGGAGGUGGUGCAGGUGCAGGUGCUGGUGGAGGGUUUGGUAAGGGUGGUGGAAUUGGUGUUGGGUCUGGGGGUGGGGGUGGCAUUGGUGGUGGUGGAGGUGCUGGUGGAGGGGCCGGUGUUGGUGGAGGUCUAGGUGGUGGUGCUGGUGCAGGAGGUGGUGCCGGUGGUGGAUUUGGAGGUGGAGCAGGAGGUGGUGUAGGAGGAGGACUUGGUGGUGGUGGUGGUGCUGGUGGAGGUGCAGGUGGUGGAGGAGGACUUGGGGGCGGAGGUGGUGCAGGGGGUGGCCUUGGUGGAGGUGAUGGUGUUGGUGGAGGUCUAGGAGGUGGUGCUGGUGCAGGAGGAGGACUUGGCGGUGGUGGUGGUGCUGGCGCUGGAGGAGGACUUGGGGGUGGCGCUGGUGCCGGGGGUGGACUUGGCGGAGGUGCUGGCGGAGGUGCUGGAGGCGGCAUUGGAGGUGGAGCCGGCGGUGGUGCUGGAGGAGGACUUGGUGGUGGGGGUGGUGCAGGAGGUGGACUUGGUGGUGGGGCUGGAGCUGGUGGUGGUGGAGGUUUUGGAGGUGGAGCAGGUGGCGGCGGCCAUUAG